UUUCUUGCUACGAAAAUCCCCCCCAAAUCUCUUUCCGAGCUCCUCCGCCGUACUCCCCGCCGCCAUGGGCAUAAAGGGUUUAACGAAGCUUCUCGCCGACAACGCCCCCAAGGCCAUGACGGAGCAAAAGUUCGAGAGCUAUUUCGGGAGGAAGAUCGCCAUCGACGCCAGCAUGAGCAUCUACCAGUUCCUCAUUGUUGUGGGAAGGACAGGAAUGGAAACCCUUACCAAUGACGCUGGUGAAGUUACGAGUCACUUGCAAGGGAUGUUCAACCGGACGAUAAGAUUGCUUGAGGCCGGAAUAAAGCCUGUGUAUGUUUUUGAUGGUCAUCCACCAGAUUUGAAGAAACAAGAGCUUGCAAAGAGGUUCUCAAAAAGGGAGGAUGCCACCAAGGAUUUGAGUAUAGCAAUAGAGGCUGGAGAUAAGGAGGGUAUUGAAAAGUUUAGCAAAAGGACUGUAAAGGUUACAAAGCAACACAAUCAAGACUGUCAACGACUUCUAAGAUUGAUGGGUGUGCCUGUCAUUGAGGCACCUUCUGAAGCAGAAGCGCAGUGUGCAUCACUUUGCAAAAGUGAUAAGGUACAUGCUGUGGCAUCCGAGGAUAUGGAUUCACUAACUUUUGGGGCACCAAGGUUUCUUCGCCACUUAAUGGAUCCAACCUCCAAAAAAAUCCCUGUGAUGGAAUUUGAAGUCUCAAAGGUACUGGAGGAGCUAGAACUCACCAUGGACCAAUUCAUCGACUUGUGCAUUCUUUGUGGAUGUGACUACUGUGAUAGUAUCAAAGGUAUUGGGGGACAAACAGCGUUGAAGCUUAUCUCUAAGCAUGGUUGCAUAGAAAACAUAUUGGAGAACAUAAACAAAGAAAGGUAUCAAAUACCUGAGGACUGGCCAUAUCAAGAAGCUCGGCGCCUGUUUAAAGAGCCUACUGUGUCUCAAGAAUUUGCAGAGCUCAAAUGGACUGCUCCAGAUGAGGAGGGCAUUGUGGACUUUCUGGUGAAAGACAAUGGUUUCAACCAUGACCGAGUAAUAAAGGCAAUAGAAAAGAUUAAAGCAGCAAAGAAUAAAUCCUCCCAAGGGCGAUUGGAAUCCUUUUUAAGCCAGUUGUGAGUGCAUCCAUGCCUCUUAAACGGAAGGACAUGUCUUAUUAUCAAGUUAAAGCUUCUUUUACAAAUGAGUACGCAAGCUAGAACUGACCACUCCAUGCUCUCCGUGAUACCUGGGUAACAGAAAAACAAAUGCACACUUGGCGCUCCCAGACCAGCACUCAAGUGUAGGAUGUUCACUCUGCAAGUCUGUAUGAGCUCGCGCACCAAUAUUGGCAGAUUAAAACAGCCAAUUUCAGGGAUGCAAUUCAGAAAUUGUGAGCCGAUAUCGGGCAUCUGUUUCAGCAAAUGAUGCCGACAAAAUUCUAGUGAUCCUUAGGAGUAACUGAUGAAUUGUUGGAUCUUAUAUGUUAAGACUAAAAUUUGUAAAGAACAUCCUUGCAUGGGAAAUUCCUAUAGCAUCUUCUGCAGUACAAACAUAUGUAGCUAGUUGGAUUAUGUAAUUAUAAUCUUUGUCACUCAAAGUGUGAGGGCUCGGUCUACUUGAUCGGCCCA